ACUGUAAGUCAUUGUCAGUUUGACAAAUUAAUUUGCUGUUUUGAUGAAAUUGGUGAAUAAAUAUUUAUAAUUAAAUAAUUAUCGAUAACUAACUUGUAAAAAUAAAGCAAAAAUGGCUUUGAAGAACCAGGUUGGACAAAAAAUUAUGAAUGAAGUAAUCAAGUACAGACCUCCGAAAAAAAAUGGACCGGGUGCUAAAAUGGAAUGGAGAGUAUUGGUAGUUGACAAACUGGCCAUGAGAAUGAUUUCAGCUUGCUGUAAAAUGCACGAUAUAUCUGCAGAAGGGAUUACUUUGGUUGAAGACAUAUUCAAAACCAGAGAACCCCUUUCUUCUAUGGAGGCUGUCUAUCUCAUAACUCCUUCAAAAGAGUCUGUAGAAGCCCUGAUGCGAGAUUUCGACGGGAUCAAGCAUAUAAUGUAUAAAGGUGCCCACGUUUUCUUUACAGAAGUCUGUCCCGAGGAAUUAUUCAACGAGUUGUGCAAAUCUUGCGCAGCUAGAAAAAUUAAAACACUGAAGGAAAUCAACAUUGCCUUUUUACCCUAUGAGUCUCAGGUCUUUUCUUUGGACUGCACCGAAACAUUUCAAUGCUACUACAACCCGGCGUAUUCUCAAAAGUAUACAGCGAAUUUGGAAAGGAUGGCUGAACAAAUAGCUACCCUUUGUGCUACUUUAGGAGAAUAUCCUUCAGUACGCUACAGAAGUGAUUGGGACAAAAACGUGGAGUUGGCACAACUAAUCCAGCAAAAACUGGAUGCUUACAAAGCUGAUGAACCCACUAUGGGAGAAGGACCAGAAAAAGCCAGAUCUCAACUACUUAUUCUGGAUAGGGGUUUUGACUGUGUCUCUCCCCUGUUACAUGAACUCACAUUUCAAGCUAUGGCAUAUGAUUUGUUGAACAUCCAAAACGACGUCUAUGAGUAUGAAGCAUCUGCAGGUGUUAAAAAAGAGGUACUGCUAGACGAAAACGACGACAUGUGGGUGGAACUUCGCCAUCAGCACAUCGCUGUCGUUUCACAGAGCGUCACGAAAAAUCUCAAAAAAUUCACCGAUUCCAAGAGGAUGACCGCCAGCGAUAAGCAGUCCAUGAAAGACCUUUCUACGAUGAUUAAAAAAAUGCCACAGUACCAAAAGGAACUGUCCAAAUACGCGACUCAUCUUCAGCUUGCCGAAGACUGCAUGAAGCAAUAUCAGGGAUAUGUUGACAAGCUCUGUAAAGUUGAACAGGAUUUAGCUAUGGGAACUGAUGCAGAAGGUGAGAAAAUCAAAGACCACAUGAGGAAUAUUGUUCCGAUUUUGUUGGACCCCAAAAUCACCGAUCAGUAUGAUAAAAUGAGGAUUAUUGCUUUGUAUGCCAUGACGAAGAACGGGAUUACUGAGGAAAAUCUUCAAAAACUUGCCACUCACGCCCAGAUCAGUCAGAAACAGACCAUUGCCAAUUUGCAGUACCUUGGCGUCAAUGUGAUCAAUGAGGGUGGUAUAAGGAAAAAACCCUAUACUGUACCUAGAAAGGAAAGGAUCACCGAGCAAACUUACCAAAUGUCCCGUUGGACUCCCGUGGUAAAGGACAUCAUGGAAGACUGCAUAGAGGACAAACUGGAUCAGAAACACUUUCCAUUUUUGGCCGGACGAGCCCAAAGCACCGGCUACCAUCCUCCAUCGAGCGCCCGCUACGGUCAUUGGCACAAAGACCGCAGCCAGCAAACGGUGAAGAACGUGCCUCGCCUCAUCGUGUUCGUCGUCGGAGGCAUCUGCUUCUCCGAGGUGCGCUGCGCCUACGAGGUGACCAACGCCCUCAAGAACUGGGAGGUCAUAAUCGGCUCCUCCCACAUCCUCACUCCCAAGACCUUCCUGGAGCAGCUCACGGAGCUCACUCCCAACUAGAACACGUCAAAAAAAGUCACGUUCAACGUCGACCACUGAAUUUCGCCUAUUUACAGUUUUCUUUUUUGUUUCACCCGAAUUUCUGACGUGAACUUGAUUUUUUUUGACUGAAUUCACGUGAUAUUUGAUGAAUCCUCAGGUUGUUUUCAGAUAUUCACUGCAAAAUAUUUAAACCAAAAAUCAAGUUUAAAUCAGUAUAUUUGUUGUGGUACAUUUGAACUACUUUCACCAUACCGGGUGUUAUUUAACUAUGUAGCCAAAAUUCAGGGAGUGAUUGAUUUUUGAGUAAUUGUAUGA